GGUAAUUUGUUUUAGUAUCGAAACACCGGAAGUGAACAGUGCUGGACGAAGAAGUCAACAAGGAUGCAGCGAGAAAAAACCGGAAACUCCGGCGCCGGCGAUAAGCCGGAGCGGGAUGUCGCCAUCAUGUCCAAGUAUUACGAUGGUGUGGAAUUUCCCUUCUGUGACGAGUUUUCAAAAUAUGAAAAGCUGGCAAAAAUCGGCCAGGGGACGUUUGGGGAGGUGUUCAAAGCCAAACACAGGCAGACUGGGAAAAAGGUGGCCUUGAAAAAAGUGCUAAUGGAGAAUGAGAAAGAAGGGUUCCCCAUCACUGCUCUUCGAGAAAUCAAGAUUCUACAGCUUCUCAAACAUGAGAAUGUUGUCAACUUGAUUGAGAUCUGUAGAACGAAAGGUAAAAUAUCCACCCAGUUCAACCGAUACAAGGGCAGCAUAUACUUGGUAUUUGACUUCUGUGAGCAUGACCUGGCGGGCUUGCUCAGCAAUGCUAACGUGAAGUUCACCCUCGCGGAGAUCAAGAAGGUGAUGCAGAUGUUGCUGAAUGGACUCUACUACAUCCACAGAAACAAGAUCCUGCACCGGGACAUGAAGGCAGCCAAUGUGCUCAUCACACGAGACGGCGUCCUUAAGCUGGCAGAUUUUGGCUUGGCGAGGGCCUUCAGCUUAGCCAAGAACAGCCAGGGCAACCGCUACACCAACCGAGUGGUCACCCUGUGGUACAGGCCACCUGAGCUCCUUCUGGGGGAGCGAGACUACGGCCCUCCCAUUGACCUCUGGGGAGCCGGGUGCAUCAUGGCGGAGAUGUGGACCAGGAGCCCCAUCAUGCAGGGCAACACAGAGCAGCACCAGCUCACGCUCAUCAGCCAGCUGUGCGGUUCCAUCACCCCAGAGGUCUGGCCAGGCGUGGACAAGAAGUAUGAACUCUAUCAGAAGAUGGAACUACCCAAAGGACAGAAGAGGAAAGUUAAAGACCGACUGAAGUUCUACGUCAAAGACCCUUACGCCUUGGACCUGAUCGACAAACUUCUUGUCCUCGAUCCAAACCAGCGAGUAGACAGCGACGACGCUCUGAAUCACGACUUCUUCUGGUCCGACCCCAUGCCGUCUGACCUGAAGAACAUGCUCUCCACACACAACACAUCCAUGUUCGAGUACCUGGCCCCGCCCAGGAGAAGAAGUCACAUGCCCCAGCAGCCAGCCAAUCAGAACAGAAACCCCACCACUACAAGUCAGACAGAGUUUGAUCGGGUGUUUUGAUUUGGGCGGCUGUAGUAUUGAAGAAAAAACUUGGCUCAGUUGUGACAAAAAACAAAAAGACAAAAAAAUGAGCCCUUUUAUGUGUUAUCCUCGUGUUUUCCUCUCCCCAGUAUGACUAAUGGGUCACAGAGAUCUCUUUAGGUCUCUGAAUAUGGUGACUUGUACAUAUGAGCCCAAGAGAUGGAGGCUUGCUGUCUACUGUGUGGUCUUGGAGCAGAGACCAGGUGAAAGGUGUACAGAGGCAGGAUGCUAUGGAAACACUACGUGACGAACCAGGCAGCGUUCAAGUCGGAAGCCAGAGCGGUCUUGUUGAAACUUACCUCAGAGUUGGUUGUUCUCUUUUUUUUAUUUUGUCAAGGUUUCAUUUGUGUUCUUAUUUUUUUUUUUAUAUAUAUAUAUAUUGUUUUUAAAGUGAGGAUAGUUGUACUGGGUUUGUUUCUUGAUGUAUGUGGUACUUCUGAGUAUAGUACAGCAAUAAACCUCCAGAUACAAA